AUGGGCAGAAUUAGUGGCAAUUUUCUAAUUGCUCUUGCAGUUUUCUUUCUGCUACAUGACCAUACUUCCCUUGCUACUGUUCCCAAUAUUAACACUGAUGCAGCUGCUCUUGUUGCCCUGAAAUCUCACAUUUCUUUUGAAACUAACAAUAUAUUAACAAGAAACUGGUCUUCUUCCACCCCAGUUUGCAGCUGGAUUGGAAUCACUUGCAGCUCCCGCCAUCAACGAGUCACAGCUUUAAACAUUUCUAACAUGCAACUUCAUGGUACCAUUCCUCCACAUCUUGGAAACCUCUCAUUUCUUGUUUCCCUCGACAUCAGUAACAACACUUUUUAUAGAGAAUUGCCAGAGGAACUGGCUCAUUUGAAGAGGUUGAAACAGAUUGAUGUUACAAGCAAUAACUUCACUGGUGUCAUUCCAUCAUUUUUAAGUUUGGUACCAGACCUUCGCAUUAUGCGCCUUUCCAGCAACCAAUUUUCGGGAGAAAUACCAUCGUUCCUUUCCAAUCUAACAAAGCUGGAAGUGUUGAGCAUACAGGGAAAUUAUCUCAAAGGAGAGAUCCCUCGAGAACUUGGUCAUCUUCGUUACAUGACUAUUUUAGACCUGCAAUACAACUUGCUUACUGGCUCUAUACCACCAUCAAUCUUUAACAUUACGACAAUGCAAGUCAUUGCUCUUACUAGUAACAAUCUUACUGGUAAGCUUCCAAUGACUAUAUGUGACCAUCUUCCAAACUUGGAAAUGCUUUACCUCUCAACAAACAACCUAGAAGGUGUCGUUCCACCAAAUAUAGGAAAAUGCAGAAAGCUUCAAGUCUUGUCAUUGUCUGUCAAUGAGUUCAUUGGAACUAUACCAAGAGAGCUAGCUAACUUAACAGAACUUACAAUAUUAGAACUUCGAGAACAACACUUGGAAGGUAGCACUCUCUUUGUUUCAAUUUAUGCAUUUUAA